AUGAACAGCUACGCGGAUCGCGGCUACCGAAUUGUGUGGCUGGAGCACUACCCCGUUCUGCACCACGCAAGCCUUUUCACCGUUGAGAAGACACUGGCGCCGGUGGUGCGGCUGUGGCGCGAGUGCGGCUCCCACCUCACUGUCACUGUGGUGCUGUCUGCCAUGUCGUGCGUCACCGCCACACGUCGACAGGGGAUGGAGCUCUCUUUUGUUGUCCCACAGGCCGGUCUGCUGCAGUUCUUUGUGGGCGAGAUGAACGUUUCCCUGCAGCCGGACGCGAAAGCAGCAUCGAUUGUGGGCUGCGGUGCGAGGGGCAGCGCCUUCCUUCACACGAUGCACCGCGAUUUUGCGGGAAACGCAGGUCUCCCCUACGUUGAUAUUGCAGACUUGCAGUGA